AUGGCGGAUCAGCAGAAGGUUUUGGGCAUGCCGCCCUUCGUGGCGGAUUUCUUGAUGGGUGGUGUCUCCGCCGCCGUCUCGAAGACCGCUGCCGCUCCCAUUGAGCGUAUCAAGCUCCUCGUCCAGAACCAGGAUGAGAUGAUCCGCGCCGGCCGUCUCGACCGCCGCUACAACGGUAUCAUCGACUGCUUCAAGCGCACCACCGCCGAUGAGGGUGUCAUGGCCUUGUGGCGUGGCAACACCGCCAACGUCAUCCGUUACUUCCCCACCCAGGCCCUCAACUUCGCUUUCCGCGACAAGUUCAAGGCCAUGUUCGGCUUCAAGAAGGACAAGGAUGGCUACUGGAAGUGGAUGGCUGGUAACCUUGCCUCCGGUGGUGCCGCUGGUGCCACUUCCCUCCUCUUCGUCUACUCCCUCGAUUACGCCCGUACCCGUCUCGCCAACGACGCCAAGUCCGCCAAGAAGGGUGGUGAGCGUCAGUUCAACGGCCUCGUCGAUGUCUACCGCAAGACCAUCGCUUCCGAUGGUAUUGCCGGUCUCUACCGUGGUUUCGGUCCCUCCGUCGCUGGUAUCAUCGUUUACCGUGGUCUCUACUUCGGUCUCUACGACUCCAUCAAGCCCGUCCUCCUCGUCGGUGACCUCAAGAACAACUUCCUCGCCUCUUUCGCUCUCGGCUGGUGCGUCACCACCGCCGCUGGUAUCGCCUCUUACCCCCUUGACACCAUCCGUCGUCGCAUGAUGAUGACCUCCGGUGAGGCCGUCAAGUACAAGUCUUCCUUCGAUGCCGCUUCCCAGAUCGUCGCCAAGGAGGGUGUCAAGUCUCUCUUCAAGGGUGCUGGUGCCAACAUUCUCCGUGGUGUCGCCGGUGCUGGUGUCCUCUCCAUCUACGAUCAGCUCCAGGUCCUCCUCUUCGGCAAGGCCUUCAAGGGUGGUUCCGGUUAA